GUCAAUAUAUCCUGUACUUCUUGCCGAUUGGUCUUACGUGAGGUGCCCGGGGAGGAGUCAUUGCAUUAUUCUGACCAUGAAGCAGUAGAGGCGAUUUUCUGCCUUUCCCGAAAUCAAUUGGCUGUCCCGGAGCUGGCUUACUCCACAGUGGGCGUGGCACUCAGUUCAUCGGACGUAUGUGAGGAGACUAAGUCUUCAGUUUACUCUGGGGGAGAUGGCUUAAUCUCUCCUUCCUCUGUGAACCCAUACCUCGAGCAACUGCUGCUCUCGGCUAAUAGUCAGCUGAACCGUGCAGUCGAACGCUGCCUUUUUGGCCGACGGAUUCAACUGGCUGGCCUCACUUUGCUUUCAUUUAUACUUCUUCUUCUUGCCUGCACCGCAGGAGUAAUGUUACAGUCUCUUGCUGCCCCGUCCUUCGAUGAUGAUGUCGGUUGCUUGGCCAGCGGCGUCACUCCGAGUGGUUUAUUUUACUUUUACUCCGGGCUUAUAGUCAUAGCCAGUGGGUUUAUCGGUGCUUUGAUCUUCUGUCUGACAUGGGGUAGCUUCAUCGGUCGGUGCGCCGAGCACAAGGCCCUCAUGAAUGCCUAUCAAUCUCUUCAAAUUAGGCUAGCUAGCUUAUAUCGCAGACACCAAUGCUCAACAGCCAUCAAUUCAUCUGGAUCAAGGAUAUAA